UAUUGGUUGUGUGAUAUUAUGUGAGCGUAGUAAAUCUGUUAAGAUUAAAGCGGCAUAAAAAAUAUAAAAAUUUUAAUAUAUAUACAUACAGUUUUAAAUAUUAUUAUUAAAUAUUAUUAUUAAUCUAGUCAUGUCAACUUAUCGGUUAGCCACUACAAACAUUAGCCGACAGGUUGCUACGCUAUCCCGACAUCAACGUGUGCUACCGCCGCGAAAUGGUCUAACCAUUUGUCGACAAUUGGCUACAAAAGUAGGACCACCGAAAGGCACAAGUACUUUUAAACUAGCAUUAAUUGGUGCUACUCUGGGUGGAGCUUCAGGGACGGCAUAUACAUUGUAUAAUAACUGGAGAGAUAAAAAUGCGCAUAUGGAACACGAACGUACUCCCCCACAAGUAAUAGAUGCAUUACCAGAUAAUAUUAGAAUAACCAAGCGAUAUGUAAACCCAAAAGAUAAAUCAGGAUUGGAAAUAAUUUUAUUCCAAUUUCAAACAUGUCCUUUCUGCUGUAAAGUGCGCUCUUUUCUUGACUAUAUGGGUAUAUCUUAUGCAGUAGUAGAAGUGGAUGCAGUUUUGCGACAAGAUAUCAAAUGGUCAAAACAAAAAAAAGUGCCGACUGUACUUAUACGCCAACAAGAUGGCAAAUAUGUGCAAAUGUGUGAUUCUAGUGCUAUUAUAUCGCUAAUAUCAACUUAUUUAAAUGAUAAACACACUGACAUUGGUGAAUUGGCGCAAUUUUAUCCAACAAUAUCUUAUUUCGAUGACAAUGGCAAAAAGAUUAGGGAUAUAUUAAAUAAAUACUUUUUAAUGUACCAGGAGAAAACACCAAAAAAUUUCACCAAAGAAAUGGAAGAGAGUGAACGCAAAUGGCGUACUUGGGCUGAUAACCAUUUAGUACAUCUUAUAUCACCAAAUUGCUAUCAAACUUUAGGUGAAGCCUUUGAAACUUUUGAUUGGUUUUCAGAGGCUGGCGAAUGGGAUGUACAUUUUCCUAAAUGGGAACGCAAUCUUAUGGUUUACGUUGGCGCAAGUGCUAUGUGGGGUAUAAGUAAAAUGCUUAAACGAAGGCAUGGCCUUUCAGACGAUGUGCGCUCACAUAUUUAUGACGCACUUGAUAAAUGGACGCGGGAAAUAAAAAAACGUAAAACACAAUUUAUGGGUGGCAAGGAACCAAACUUAGCUGAUUUAUCUGUUUUUGGUGUGUUAAGUAGCAUGGAAGGAUGCCAAGCCUUUAAAGAUUGUUUAGAGAAUACGAAUAUCGGUGAAUGGUUUUAUGGCGUAAAACAAAAGAUCGAUAAAAACAAAGGCAAUCUGAUACGGGAACGUAUUGAAGGAGAAGUUCUUAAAGCUGAAUUUAUUAGUAACAAAUGAAUAAUGAAGCUGUAACUGAAUUGUUUACUCUAUUGUUGUUUAAUUCCGUACCUACAAUAAAACUAUUUAUAUAAUAACA